AUGCCAGGCCAGCAAAACCGCAACGAGGAGAUGACUCGGCAGCAGGCGAGAUACGAGGCUCUGGCGAACAAGGGCCUCUCACUGCAGCUCGGGGGCACCGAGACGCACAAGCGCCUGGACCAGCGGAAGAAGGAGCUGAAGGAGAAGCAGCGGCAUGCGAAGAUCAACGAGUCCAAGCAGCUGGCAGUGUCAGAUGUGGAGGGCGUCGCCAAGCGCCGCCGCGCUGCGGACAUCUUGUCAGAGCUGCACAAGCGAACGCUCUUUGCGGAGCUGGCGCGGAACCGAGAGUCCCAGGAGCACGAGGUCAAGGCCUUGGCUGCGCGGCUGGUGAUAGAGGAGGCGAAGGCAAGCCCCAAGUCGUUUGAGGAGGAAGCCCAUAUGGAGAAGGCCACAUCCCUCAAGGUUGCGCGUGUCGCCCCUCGUGUAUCUAUGGCUGUUGGCCCUUCCCUCACAGAGAGGAAGCCAGAGAUCUUGCGCGUCACGGUGCACAGAGCCAAGAACCUGCGUGCGGCGGACGCCAAUGGCAUGUCAGAUCCCUUUUGCGCGGUGGAGCUGAUGGGGAAGCCGGGCACCAGGUGUCACACGCAGGUGCUGCGCCGGACCAUGAGCCCGGAGUGGGAAGAGACCUUCCAGAUGCGGAACUUUCUCGAGAGUGACGAUUUGCAGCUUCAAGUCUUCGACUACGAUUUCGACAAGAACGAUUGUUUGGGCAGUGUCGUCAUAAAAGGCAGCCACAUCGUGGAAUGCGGCUAUUUGGAGGAAGAACUCCACCUGGAAGAUCCUGUGAUGGCUCGUCGGCCAGGGCGCAGAAGUCAGGUUGCCAAGGGAUCGCUCUCCGUGACGGUGGCCUUGUGCAACAUGGACGGCCAGGCCAUCCGACGUCAAGACUCCUUCACCAAGAAGAUGCGGAUGUCCUUCAGCAAUCGAAUGCAAUCGGUCCGUAUGGUGGGGCUCUUAGCUUUGCUCGGCAUUCGGCGAUCGUAUGCUGCUGGUGGCCUUGUGGAGUGCGCGGCGUGGCACAAUGCCGCCACAGGUCGGCCCGACUACCCCAAGGCGAACUUCGUUGCUCCCGCGUGGUAUGUCUUCCCGCACGGGGUGCCUGCGCCUGGUCCGGGAGUUCCCAUGCCACAUGGCAUGCCAAUGGCCACGAUGCCAGCGCCCUGCGGCCCCUGUGGGCCCGCUGGCUGCGGGCAAUACGGGCUCGCGGGCUCGGUGUCUGCACCCUGCGGGCAAGCGCCGUGCGGGGCCGGUAUGAUGAUGCGCCAACAACCGCGGCUCGGCAGAGGUGGCGACAGGAUGCCCACCAAGGAGGAAGACGCGACAUGGCUUUGUUUCAACUUGCAGCCACUGGAGCAGAAGUAUUGGCCCAAUGGCGACGCUUGGAGCCGAAUCGCGGAAGGGGAGUUGAGGCAAGAGAGGUGGCUGGUGCCGGGGACUCGGCGCAAGCCCACCGACCAGACUGGGGGAGGGGCGCGAAUGGAGUGGAAGGGCUGGUUGGGGCUGCUAAGGUGUGAAUUGAAGUACGGCGUUUACCGCCGUGUAAGAGGCUCACAGCUGCAGGCUGAGGAGAUCACAGGUGGAAAUCUGAACUACGCCUUUGUAGUGCGGGAUGACCAGGGACGCUGCGUUUUUGUGAAGCAGGCCCCAGACUUUAUCAAGGUCAUCGGCCCGGAGGCGAAGCUCACGCGCCAGCGGAUGCGCUUGGAGGUGGAGGUCUUUCAAGAGUGGGCCCGGGGUGCUGAGAUUGCCAGAUACCUCCCCCGGAUUUGGAAGUUCGACGAAGAUGCCAUGGCCUUCAUCAUGGACUUCCUUGGUUCCCACCAGCUGCUGCAAAAAAGCCUCUUUGAGGGCCAAGCAGAGGCUGGGCUGAGUGGCGCGCUGGGCAAGUGCAUGGCGCUCAUGCAUGCAAGGACGCAUUGCAGCAAGCUGGAGCCGCUGGAAAGCAAGCGGUUGGCGGAGAAGUACGAGAACCGUUUGCUGCGGGACAUCCAGUUGGAGUACGUCUUCUCCAAGUGCUACCGUGAGGACGCCCGUGCCACAGCGCUCCGCAACGAUGAGGCGUUCAUGAAAGAGGUCGAUGAGAUGAAGGGCAUCUACAACGGCCGGGACCGGCAGAACUUUGCUCUCUGCCAUGGGGAUCUGCAUGCAGGCAGCAUCAUGGUGGAUAGUGCCUCCGCCAGCGUGAAGAUCAUUGACCCCGAGUUCGCGGUCUUUGGACCGCCUGGUCUGGAUGUAGGAUCUUUGAUGUCCACCUACGUCAUGGCCUAUUGCUUCCACAAAGCACAGGGCAACAGCUGCAGCUGUGACAUGGUGAGGGCAGCGGAGGCGAUUUGGUCCGCCUACGCGGCCGACAUGCAGGCCGCGGGCAUCGCAGCUGACUUGAUACAGUGCAUCGAGCAGGAGGCGCUGGGGUUUCUGGGCUGCGAGGUGGUGCGCACCGCGCUGGGCCUUGCCUUCGAGCGGUCCUUGCGCCUGGAGGAUCCAGAGCUGAAGGCGCUGGCAGAAGAGAAGGCCAUGUGGCUGGGUGUUCACUGCAUCCGCCAUCGCGGUCAGGGUAUGAAGACGCUGAAGACUGCCGCUUUAGCUGGCUUCGAUGCAGCGAUCGAGGUGCGGAAGUGUGACGGACUGAGUUAG